GCAGCGCCGCGGAGCGCGGCCGAGCCCGGGCCAGAGCCGCGCGGGGCACGGAGCGCUCGGCCGGGGGAGACGCACAAAGACAUGCGAAGAGGGGCUGCGCGAGGCUCGCGCACAAAGACGCCGGGGCGCAGGGCCGCCUGGGCUGCACCGACCGCCCCCGAGCCGCGCCGGGGCCGGGCCAGCGCCGAGCCCGGGGCGGAGCGCUCCGCGGCGGCGGCGGCGGCGGCGGCUGCGGGCCCGCGCGGGACCCGGGUCUCCCGCGCUCCCCGGGUGACCCGGGCCCGGCCACAGGCGCGCGCGGGGGCGGCGGCGCCGGAGCCCAACUUGGCCUCGGCCUCGCCCUCUGCCCAGCCCGCCGGUGUCCCCUCCUUCCCGCGAUUUCGUUUCUUCUCACGCUCCCCCCACCCCCUCCCGCGUCCAGCCCGGCUCUCCCCACCUUGUAAAACAAAGCCGGGGAAAAUGCCUGCCCGUGCAGCUCGGAGCGCGCAGCCGGUCUCUGAAUAAGAAGUGAGUACAAUGGCGUGUUUGUAGAAGGUUCAAGUCCGUCUUUUUAAAAAACAUUUUGAAUGCUGCAUGCCUCAUGCUUCCCAGCGCCUCGCGGGAGAGACCCGGCUAUAGAGCAGGAGUGCUUGCUUCUCGAGUGGAGAGUGACACGACCAUUAAUGUUAUGAAAUGGAAGACGGUCUCGACGAUUUUCCUGGUGGUCGUCCUCUACCUGAUCAUCGGAGCCACCGUGUUCAAGGCGCUGGAGCAGCCGCACGAGAUUUCCCAGAGAACCACCAUUGUGAUCCAGAAGCAGACGUUCAUUUCCCAGCACGCCUGUGUCAACUCGACUGAGCUGGACGAACUCAUCCAGCAAAUAGUGGCAGCAAUAAAUGCAGGGAUUAUACCAUUAGGAAACACCUCCAAUCAAAUCAGUCACUGGGACUUGGGAAGUUCCUUCUUCUUUGCUGGCACUGUUAUUACAACUAUAGGGUUUGGAAACAUCUCACCUCGCACAGAAGGGGGCAAAAUAUUCUGUAUCAUCUAUGCCUUACUGGGAAUCCCCCUCUUUGGCUUUUUGUUGGCUGGAGUUGGAGAUCAACUAGGGACCAUAUUUGGAAAAGGAAUUGCCAAAGUGGAAGAUACGUUUAUUAAGUGGAACGUCAGUCAGACCAAGAUUCGCAUCAUCUCAACAAUCAUCUUUAUCCUGUUUGGCUGCGUGCUCUUCGUUGCUCUGCCCGCAAUCAUAUUCAAGCACAUAGAAGGCUGGAGUGCCCUGGAUGCCAUUUAUUUUGUGGUUAUCACUUUAACAACCAUUGGAUUUGGUGACUACGUUGCAGGUGGAUCGGACAUCGAAUAUCUAGACCUCUACAAGCCUGUGGUGUGGUUUUGGAUCCUCGUAGGGCUCGCGUACUUCGCCGCUGUCCUGAGCAUGAUUGGGGACUGGCUCCGAGUGAUAUCGAAAAAGACGAAGGAAGAGGUGGGAGAGUUCAGAGCCCAUGCUGCUGAAUGGACAGCCAACGUCACGGCUGAGUUCAAGGAAACCAGGAGGCGGCUGAGUGUGGAGAUUUAUGACAAGUUCCAGCGUGCCACCUCGAUUAAGCGGAAGCUCUCCGCAGAACUGGCUGGGAACCACAACCAGGAGCUGACACCUUGUAGGAGGACCCUGUCCGUGAACCACCUAGCCACGGAGAGGGACGUCUUGCCUCCUUUACUGAAAACUGAAAGUAUCUAUUUGAACGGAUUGACGCCACACUGUGCAGGCGAGGAAAUUGCUGUCAUUGAGAAUAUUAAAUAGCCUUCUCUUUGAAGAGCCUUAGGCAUAGCCAUAGGUGAGGACUUGUAUAUGCUCUUUAAGACUGUUGCUGGUAGCAUUUUUAAAAAUUGUGCAUGAACUCCAAAGGGGGGAAAAAGAGAUACACCCAUCAUCAUGGCCAUCUACCAUCGACAGGAUUUGGAAUUCUGAGCCAGCACUAUCUUUCUGAUGAUGCUUGUUGAGCGCUCCACUUACUUUGACCAGUGGAAUAAAACAAGCAAUGUCUGAUGCCUUUUUUGUGCCCAGACUGUUCUCCUCCCUUUCCCCUAACAUGCCACAAGGCUUCAGAGUGAAUUAUAAUUGUUCCUGGUAAUAAUGUAGCUUCGAGGGAUCAGUCCCUAACUUUUCAGGGUCUACCUAACUGAGCCUAGAUACGCACCACUUAUGGAAGACGACCUUUCUGUUUGUAAAUGGCGAGGGAUUCUUACGCAGCCUUUUACCUAAGAAAUUUUCUGUCAGUGCCUUAUCUUAGGAAGAAACAGAACCUCUCUAGCUAAUGUGUGGUUUCUCCUUCCCCGCCCCACCCGUAGGCUCACCUGCAGUCCUUUACCCGGGGACUCCCAUUUGAAUACCAUGCCUUGCUGGAAAGAGUGUGUAAAUGACUGAAGUGGUGAUUCCCGAAGAAGGAGUAGAUGCCAAGUUAGAUGGACAUUGAAGCGACACUCAGACACCCUAGCGUAAAAGGCACUGCAGAGGAAGGAGGUGCCCAGAUGGCUCCUCUGAGUAUUUAUUUGACUCAGGUACCAGCGGUACAUAUAUACGAUGUGAUUAUUGCCCGGCCGGCAAAAUUGGCUGCUUCCAGUCUCUUUUUCCCUGGCAGUAUUUGGAAUUGACCAUUUAUUAAAAACUAUACAUUUUUAAAGGUGGAAGAAGAAAAUCCAUAUAUAUAUAUAUAU